AACAUGAUAUGAUUAAUAGGUGUGUUUAUGGUUCAGUGAAUAUAAUAACGUGGAGGUGGCGCAGCGUGCAAGGGCACGGUCUGUGCUCUAAACUGGUGUCUUAAAUUAGGUCUAUCUGUUUCUUUCUGUUUGUAAACCCUCUGAAUCUAAACACGUCUCUUCUGUGUUGUUUGCUAGCUAGUAAAAGUUUGCUCCAGUUUUAAACUCUGCGGGACAAAUAACGAGGUCUGUCUGUGCAGUCGGAUACCCUGCCACUCCCAGGCGUUGCGCAGAGCGCGCUGCGCGCACCCGCCUCUGGGAACCACAAGGAGGCUAGAGUCGUAGUGAGGAAGUACAGUGCUGGGAUUUUAAACUUAAAGAAGAACUGGAAAAAACCAGAAGCAAAAAAAAAAAAAAAUCACAAAACAAUCUUUUAAACAUCAUGCAAUAAAGGAGGCGCGGGCACCAUGGAGUCUGACCGAAGUUUGGUGCUGAUUGUGACGUUUGUGAUCGGGAUUGCGGGCGCUCGCGGCAGAGAAGUGUGCACUGGCACUCUUAUGAAGCUGGCUCUGCCCUCCAGUCUGCAGAAUCAGUACGAGACUCUGAAGAAGCUCUACACUGGCUGCCAGGUGGUGCAGGGAAACCUGGAGAUCACUCAUCUGCAGGGGGCGCUUGACCUGGACUUCCUCAAGGGUAUCACGGAGGUGCAGGGCUACGUUCUCAUCGCUGAGACGGCCGUUGAUUUCAUUCCUCUGGAGAAUCUCCGCAUCAUCCGCGGCACUCAGCUCUACCAGGACACCUUCGCCCUGGCGGUGCUGAAGAACAGCAGGCUGAGGGAGCUCCGCAUGAGUAACCUGACCGAAAUCCUGUUAGGAGCAGUGAAUAUAUCUGGGAAUUCUCAGCUGUGCUAUCCGGAGACUGUUAAAUGGAAAGACAUUCUGGAUCAGGGCAACAAAUACAACGUGACCAUUGAUACAGCAUCACGCACAUCAGCCUGUGCACCAUGCUCUGCAGCCUGUAAUCAGUCCUGCUGGGGGGCUGGGGAGCAGCACUGUCAGACAUUGACUCACCAGUGUGCCUCGGGCUGCCAGCGCUGUAAGGGAUCCCUUUCCAGUGACUGCUGCCACCAGCAAUGUGCCGCCGGCUGCACCGGACCCAAGGACACUGACUGCCUGGCAUGCCGACACUUCAAUGACAGCGGCACCUGCAAGGAAAACUGCCCUCCCUUGACCGUCUACAACCCUGUCACCUACCAAUCAGAUCCCAACAAGUACAGGAAGUACAGCUUCGGAGCCACCUGCGUCACCGAGUGCCCAUAUAAUUACCUUGCCACGACUGUGGGCUCGUGCACUCUGGUGUGCCCGCCUGACACUCAGGAGGUGAUAGUGAACGGGGAGCAGAAGUGUGAAAAAUGCAACGGCCCGUGUCCUAAAGUCUGUGAUGGUCUUGGGAUGAAUUCCCUCAGAGGGGUCCUUGCUGUCAACUCCUCCAACAUCGAGCGCUUUGUCGGCUGCUCCAAGAUCUUCGGGGACCUGGCCUUCCUGCCAGAGACUUUCCAGGGUGAUCUAGCAACAAACACAUCUGCCCUGGAUCCGAGAAAACUGAAUGUGUUCAAGAGCCUCACAGAGAUCACAGGGUUCCUUUACAUCGAAGCCUGGCCUGAUAACUGGACUGAUCUGAGUGUCUUUGCGAACCUUGCUGUGAUUCGCGGACGCAUGCUGUACAGGGGUGUGUUUGCUCUUGGAGUUCAGAACCUGGACAUUGAGGCGCUGGGUCUUCGCUCGCUGAAGGAGAUCAGUGGGGGUCUGGUUCUGAUCCACCAGAACCCUAGGCUCUGCUACACUCCCACAAUCCUCUGGGAGACCAUCUUCAAGAACCGGCAGCCAGAGGUCAUCCAGAGUGCCAACAAAGCAGCUGAGCUCUGCGUGGCAGAGGGCAGGGAGUGUCACCACCUUUGCACCAAUGGGAGCUGUUGGGGGCCAGGACCCAGCCAGUGUGUUUCCUGUGAUGGUUUCCUACGUGGACUUGAGUGUGUCAAGUCAUGUAACAUCCAUGAGGGGGAUAGCCGGGAGCAUGUUGAUGGCUCACGCUGUGUUUCCUGCCACUCAGAGUGUCUGCCGCAGAACAACAGCUUCACCUGCACCGGCCCGGGUGCUCAUCAGUGUGUAGAGUGCCGUCACUUCAAGGACAUGCUGUCCUGUGUGGAGAGGUGCCCCAGUGGGGUGAAGGGGGAGGACUUCGUCACCAUCUGGAAAUAUCCCAAUGAGAACAACGUGUGCCAGACCUGCGAGAGCAACUGCACUCAUACAUGCUCCACACUGGAUGAGAAGGGCUGCCCUAUCAACCAGAAACCAGGCCCAGGCACCUCCAUCGCUGCCGCAGUGGGCGGGGUCAUGCUGUUCCUGAUCCUGUUGACCCUGCUAGUGACCUACCUGAGGAGACGCAAACACCUGAAGAGGAAGGAGACUAUGAGGAGGUUACUGCAGGAGCAUGAGCUGGUGGAGCCCUUGACCCCCAGUGGCGCCCUGCCGAACCAAGCCCAGAUGAGGAUCCUGAAGGAGACGGAGCUGAAGAAGGUCAGAGUGUUGGGAUCGGGAGCAUUCGGGACCGUGUACAAGGGAAUCUGGGCUCCGGAUGGAGAGCAUGUGAAGAUCCCUGUGGCCAUCAAGGUGUUGCGGGAAAACACAUCGCCCAAAGCCAACAAGGAGAUCCUGGAUGAAGCAUAUGUGAUGGCGGGGGUUGCCAGUCCCUAUGUGUGCCGCUUGCUGGGGAUCUGCCUCACCUCCACAGUGCAGCUGGUGACUCAGCUCAUGCCCUAUGGCUGCCUUCUGGACUAUGUAAGAGAAAACAAGGACCACAUUGGCUCCCAGUACUUGCUCAACUGGUGUGUGCAGAUCGCCAAGGGCAUGAGUUACCUGGAGGAAGUGCGAUUGGUGCACCGGGACCUGGCAGCCCGCAAUGUGCUUGUGAAAAACCCCAACCACGUAAAAAUCACUGAUUUUGGCCUCGCACGACUGCUGGAUAUCGAUGAGACGGAAUACCACGCUGACGGAGGGAAGGUCCCAAUAAAGUGGAUGGCUCUGGAGUCGAUUCUACACAGGAAGUUUACACACCAGAGUGAUGUCUGGAGUUACGGAGUCACCGUUUGGGAGCUAAUGACUUUCGGAGCAAAGCCGUAUGACCUGAUCCCAGCUCGCGAGAUCCCGGAACUCCUAGAGGGGGGGGAGCGGCUCCCCCAGCCCCUGAUCUGCACCAUCGACGUCUACAUGAUCAUGGUGAAGUGCUGGAUGAUCGACCCGGAGAGCCGGCCCAAGUUCCGAGAGCUGGUGACGGAGUUCACUGGCAUGGCGCGAGACCCGCCCCGAUACGUGGUCAUCCAGAAUGAUGAGCAGAUGAAUCUGGCCAGUCCAGUCGACAGUCAGUUUUUCCGCACGUUACUAGAGGAGGAGGAGAACAUAAAGGAGCUCCUGGACGCUGAGGAGUACCUUGUCCCCCAGCCGGGCUUCUUUGGAACCGGAACAGAACCGUCCACCAACGGGAGAACCAGGGUCCCGUCCAACGGGAGCACUGAGCACAUGCUGGAGGGGGAGGGGACUUCAGGGGGGAGAAGCCUGUACUCCUCAGUCACCACUCUGGGGCGGAGCCAGUACCCCACACUCCCUCGUGGUGGGCGUGGCCAGUACCCCUCGGUGUCAGCAGGUGGGUGGAGUCAGUACCCAUCUCUGGCCCGCAGUGUCUCCCAGCGCUCUGCGGAAGGGUAUUCAGACUCUGUGUUUGUGGAGGGAGACGGGGCAGCAGGGCCACUGCCCCACAAUGCCCCUUGCAGAGAGAACAGCAUAGCACAACGGUACUGUGAGGACCCUACACUGAGCCUGGGGCAGGACACUGAGGGAGACCUGGAGAUCGACGGCUACAUCACCCCUGCCUCCACACUGUCCCGGCCUGAGUAUAUGAACCAGGCGGAUCAGAGCCCAUGUUCCGGCAGUCUGGCUCAGCGACGGCAGGACAGUUGGACCCUGGAGCGGCCGUGCCCUGUGCCCCGACAGAGCUCCUCGAGAGAGGGAGGCAAGUGCCUGCCCAACGGGUUCGGUGGCGCAGUGGAGAACCCCGAGUACCUGAGCCCCCGGGGGCCCCCCGGCAGCACCUCCCCUGCCUUUGAUAACCCUUACUAUUGGGACAUGGACCCAGCAGGAAGGCCCAGAGUGGGGCUCACACCUGCACAGGUAAACAGCUUCAGCACCCCCACAGCAGAGAACCCCGAGUACCUGGGGCUGGCAGAGGCCUGGAGUGGGGCGAGGGAGCCUGGCUCCUAACAGACUGUGAGGAAAUGCAGGGCUGUGCAGACACUCCUGUGGAGGGGAGUGGCCAAGAGAAGGAGAAGGGGCUUCAUCACUGAAGGUGAUUGGAUGAGCUGGCAGUCCUGCAUGCUGCACCUCCUGGCUAAUUAAAGAGAUCUUUUAUCGGAAUUCUCUGGAAGUGACACAUGUGUUUUUUUUAUCUGCCGCAGUCCAGCUUUCAGUCUCUAUAGUAACCAGGGUAAUGUUAACUCUUUCUUCUGCCUUCAUGAGCAACAAGAUGCUUGGUUAUCUUUCUUUACCUGAAAAGCAGUAAAGUUGUUCAAUCCAGCACUGCACAAUAGGAUCAAACUGCACUGCAGUGGCACAGAUCUUUUAUUACACAACAGAAACAUCCCCAGUGGAGAACCAAGAGGCUUCCCAUUCGGUCUCUUAUCUUGAUGGCAGCCCAAAGGAAACUGUUCUCAGAAAUAACCUCCUCAGUGUUGGCAGCUAAUUGCUACUACUGUUUAAAAAGCAGUGGCUUUACCACUAUAGGGUAUCAGACCAGUCACAUCUGAAUAACAGAAAGCAAAUCCACAGUCCUGAAAGCAUCUUAACAGUUACUGUUGCCACCAUGUAGCAACACCCUGGGGGUAGCCUGUCUUCAAACCAAUCACUAAAGAACCUCUAGCGAAAUACUAGAACUCGCUCUCAACUCCUGAUAGUCAAAUCUUCCCUGAUAGUGCCAAGUGGUGUUUCGAUUAAAGGACUGCAGGACCUCUCUUGUAUAUUUUUACACACGCAUACUGAGGCAGUGAUACAGUGUACAGGCAAUGUGUAUGUCAAUCACAAUAUUGUGUACCUGAUGGAGAUACUGUAUUUUAGACAAAUAAUGUGUGCAAGUAUUAAACAUUGUGUGUGUGUGUGUGUGUGUAUAUAUAUAUAUAUAUAUAUAUAUAUAUAUAUAUAUAUAUAUAUAUAUAUAUAUAUAUAUAUAUAUAUAUAUAUAUAUAUAUAUAUAUAUAUAAUGAUAACUGUGAGUACCCUGUUUAACAAACUCAAUAAAUAAAUGCAGUUCCAAUAUAUGGCUAAAUAGGCACUGAACACCUUACACAGGUAAUGUGUUGGUGACAAUCACAGGAAGUUUUUUUUUUAUUUUUGUUACCAAAAGGGAGCUAUGGAGGGUCACUCAGUGACUUAUUUUUUCUGAUGCAUUUGAACAAAUUGUAAAAACAGAAAACUGUAUAUUUUAUACUUGUACAUUUUUUUAUGGUACAAAAUGUGGACAAUGCAAUAAUAUGACUUACUGCUAUACGCAAUUUUGGUAUUUUAAUUAUUAUUAUAUUGCUCACACUUCACGCUAUGUUACAAAUCGUAUGAGAGCUAAUGGCUUGUAACUGUGGUCGCUUUGUUGACCAUUGGGAAGGGCUGAUGAUAUAAUACUUUAUUUGAAUUGCACUCUCUUCAACUGCCAGUCAGUAAAACUUUAAUGGCAUUUCUCAUUUACAAAUGUACAGCUUGGAUGGAUGGAAAAUAAAUGUACUCUUUUUUUUG